CUGCCAAAGUGCAAAAACCAGACUGUGAUUCAAGAUGAUGAGGUAUUAAUUCCGAGAAUGACAUUGAUUCAUGACAAUCGCAACGUUCAAUUUAGGAGGAGAAUCCAACGCAGGAUUUGCCAAACAACCACUGCUGUCCCAUUACUUCUCUUCUUUACCGUUGCCUUCAUAGUUUGUGGCUUGCUCCAAGCCAGCAGCUCUCUCCAUUCCUUCAGCAUGAGUGACCAGAAGGUGUUGGAUAUCCAUACUGAGCCUGACCCAGGCGCAGGCGUCGAUGGCGAGGUAAUUCAAGAGCAGACCGCCAAAAGAUACAAAUAUACAACCGUGAAGGGAUAUUUUAUGCAGGACGAUCCAUCAACAGAUCCAAAUGGCUUCAAUUUUACGGCGACGAAUUUCGGCCUGAUCGACCGGGCAUAUGAUUCUGAUCGUAGUCUGCCAAACAAUGGACGGGACUUGACCGCCUGGCAGAGAUUUGAACACCAGGUCUCCGAGCUGAACAAGGCAGCGAGAGCCAGACACGAGUCCACCUCUCAAAUUUCCUACAAACUACUGUUCCUCGGUCGACACGGAAAUGGGUUUCAUAAUGUAGCCGAACGCUACUAUGGACCUGAAGCAUGGGAUUGCCACUUUUCGACGCUAGAUGGGGACGACGAGCAUAUCAUGACAUGGAGCGAUGCACACCUCACCAAAGAAGGCAUUCGACAGGCGAAAGAAGCGAAUCAGUUCUGGAAGAAACAGUUGAAUGAACAGAAAAUCAGUUUGCCACAGUCAUACUACGUCAGUCCGCUGGAUCGUGCCAUGGAGACAGCCAAUGUCACUUUUGAUGAUCUGGUAACCACAAGUGACGGCUUCCGCCCUGUUGUCCUCGAAAGAUUACGGGAAGGGUCCGGUAUACAUACCUGUGAUCGAAGAAGUGGGGUCAGCUACAUCAAAGGGCGGUUUCCCAAUUUCAUCACAGACAAGGAUCCUCUUCUCACAGAAAAGGACACAUAUUGGGAUCCCAUCUACCGGGAGACUAACGACGCAUUGGCAGCUCGACAAGCCAAAAUGCUGGACAGCAUCGUGAGCGUGGAUGACAAUGAGAGAAUCAGUCUCACGGCCCACUCGGGCACAAUUUCCAUGAUCCUAAAAGUUGUAGGCCAUCGCAGAUUUGCUCUUGGGACAGGCGCCGUCAUCCCUGUGUUGAUCAAAAUAGAGACAUUGGAUGAAGCGGUAACGAGAAGACAUGGAGAUGAACACGAGCCGGUUACACAUGCUGGCAAUGGAUGGCAGACCAAGCCAGACUGCCCGGCUGGGUUGGACCUAGACAAAAUUGGGAAAAAGCGUUGGAAUAUGGGUUUGAAAGAGUUUCUUCGACGGGUCGAGGACGGGACUCUACAGAUUGAAGAAGUCGCCUUCACUGGGAGACACUGAGCGAUAUGCUUUGGUCAAAAUGGAUGGAUAUGAUGAAUGAUGAUUAUAGUCUCGAGGAAGAUACCCGGACAGAUGGAAAUGGACUCUAGGGAUUCUUGGGAUUGACACGGCCAUAUUCAUGACACUAGAUGCUUGAAUAACAAUGAUGAUUGCAUG